CGCACUUCUCCCUUCACUGCCUGUCAAAUGUACAAUGGCAGCGAUGGUCAUAGACACAAUGUUGCCGAGAAGUGGGUCUCACAUAAAAAAGAAAGAAGACACAGAAAAUAAAGACAACUUAUGGUCCUCUAUUUUAGCAGAAGUACAAAAUAGUGGGAACAACAAGUUACCAUCAAAUAAAAAUCUCCUCGUUAUAGGUGACAAUGAAAGUGGCAAAACAACUCUUAUCGCGAAACUUCAAGGAGUUGAAGAUCCGAAGAAGGGUUCAGGCCUCGAAUUUGCAUAUAUUGAUGUUCGAGAUGAUUACAGAGACGAUCAAGCCCGACUUGCUGUUUGGGUAUUAGACGGAGAUCCGGGCCACGCAAAUCUGUUAAGGUUCGCGUUAAAUGCUGAACGAUUUCCAAAUACUCUCGUCAUGUUGGUCGCUGCGAUGACGACUCCAUGGGCCAUUCUAGAUCAACUGCAAGCUUGGGCUGAAUUAUUAGGCGACCAUGUUGAUAAACUUAAUUUGAACAAUGAGGUCUGGCAACGUUGCAGGCAACAAAAUGUCAAAAAAUGGCAAGAGUACGCAGAACCAGGCGACGAGUUGGAUCCAGGUAGUCCAAUGAGGCGCACAAGUCGAAAUUUAGAUGAAGAAGGGACGGAAAAUUUACCGUUACCUGAGGGAGUACUCACAACCAAUUUGGGACUGGACAUUGUUGUUGUCAUCACCAAGACUGAUUAUAUGUCGACUCUUGAAAAAGAACAUGAUUACAAGGACGAGCACUUUGACUUUAUGCAACAGUGGAUUAGGCGAUUUUGUCUUCAAUACGGUGCUGGUUUAUUUUACACAUCAGCGAAGGAAGACAAGAACUGUGAUUUACUUUACAAAUACCUUACGCACAGAAUUUACUCUCUGCCAUUUAGAACUCCAGCCUUGGUUGUCGAAAAAGAUGCCGUACUCAUACCUGCGGGUUGGGAUAACUUGAAGAAAAUCAGCAUUCUCCAUGAAAACCUACAGUCAAUGAAUUCAGAAGAUUACUAUCGCAACGUUAUUAUCCAGCCACCAACAAAUAGAAAAAAUGUGACGCGAGAAGUGGAAAUUCAAGCAGAAGAUGAGCAGGUGUUUUUAGCGAAACAACAAGCCGCUUUGUCUGGAAUGAAAGAUCCAACUCGGUCCCCGACUACGAGGAACCAGGCAAGCAUGGGACCAAUCGUCCAGGUGGCUUCUCCUAAUAAAAAGUUGGAUCCCAAAGGAACUGGAAAUACUCCCUCGGGUGAAGGGGUACUAGCUAAUUUCUUUAACUCUUUGUUAUAUAAGAAAAGUGGCUCUUCACCUGGCCCACCAGGUUCUCCAGCUAGCGUUGGAACUAGCCCUGUUAAAAUUGAGGGUGGUGCAGUCGACAAAACGGCUAUGCGGAAUGACGCAGCUGCAGAAUUGGAUCGCAUCACUCGAACCAAGAAAAUUCCACCGGCCGAUUUGAAUUCAUCGUCCGAGUGUUGAAUUAGCACAACUUACCUUCGUGUCACAGCUGAAUCGGAUCAACGUCGUACGAUUUAAAAUCGUACUGAAUGUUAAGCAUAAUUUAAUAUUAAUAGUCUAGCUAGACCGAAGUAAUCGUCGUAUCAUUGCUCUUAAAUUAUUACCGUGGGGCAGUGCAAGAAGAUGAUCAACGUACCACGUCGCAACAAGCUCGUUAGAAAGAUCGCCUAGUAUUUUUUCUACAUCAUCGUACAGAGAUCUACAAAUAGUGUGGUACUUAAACUCGACAAAGAUAUUUAUUUAUCCCUGUUUUCAGUGUUGUAACGCAGUAGACAAUAACCACUCUUUCGUUGCACCGUUUAACUAACCGAUUUCGCUUUCCUCCGACUGACCAAGAAUAUAAAAAAUAGCGAUAUCUUCAAUAUCAAAGGGAAUCAAUCAAGCAACUUUAAUUUACAUUUCCGAACUUUAGAUUUCAUUUCUAUCAAGUAUCAGUACCUAGGACUGCCACACGGUCAAGUCACUUCUUUCUUAAAUUACUUUAUAGUCUAGUUUUUAAAGAUAAAGUCACUAUAGUCACUUUUUCGAUGAAAAGAUCACUUUAGUCGCUUUUCUUUCAAUAAUUUGAAAACAGAGAACCCAAGUGUCAACCAAAAUUGAAUUUAGGGCAAUAUAUAUUUUUGAAUUUUCUUGAAUUCUUUUCUAGUGUUGUCAAUUCUUUUUAAUUCCUUUAAAAUUCACACUAAAUUCUUUGAAAUUUGUCGGAAAUUCGUUUGGUUUUUAUCGAAUUCUCUUGAAUUUCUGAACUGGCGGAAAUUCAGAGCCUAAAAGCUCAAUUUGAAGAAAAAAUUUCAAUUCUAUAAAAAGAUGUUGCAAAAGAAACCGUUAAAUUUCUAUGCUUUUGAAAAAUGGGAAUAACUCUAGAAAUAAUUAACAUUUUUUAACGCUCUUGGGUUCAUUUUAAAGAUAAAUCUAUAUAGUAUUUUUAGAAAUUGUUAAGAUAUUUUAAGAUUUUUUUCCCUAUAUGCUGCCCUAGGCUGUAAAAAAAUCGCAAAAUUUAAAAUAAUGAUUGUACUCUUCAAAGGACUUAAAAAAUGUAAAAAAAGACAAUAUUUUUUAAAAUGUUACUAAAAUUUAUUUAAAUAUGACAACGAUUUUUUUAGCAUUUGUAAAUAUUUAUACAUUAAAAAACAUUUUGCGACUUUUUUGCAUCAAGUUGGAACCUGGGGAAGCAUAUAGGUAAAAAUUCUCAAAAUAUCCUAGCAAUUUAGAAAAUAUUAUAAAAUUAAAAAAAUUAGCGAAUGAACGAAAUGUUUUCCCACGAUUAUAUUUUCAUCUACAAAUAGCGCUUCAACUACAAUUUAGAAUAAUACCAAACAGUUUUUUUUGUAAUAUAUUUUUUGUAAUAUAAGUUUGAAAAAUAAGCAGCAAAAAAUUCAUUCAUUUGAACGUUCUAAACUUGAAGCAAAUAAUUAUUUCCAGAUUUAUUCCAAUGUUACGAAAAUUAUUUUGAUGUUUUUAUUCGUCUGCAUUUUUUUAGAAUUAUUGUAAAGUCACUCAACUCUACUCAAUUAUUUUAGAUAUAACUUAAAUUGUUUUGAAGUAACUCUAAAUUAUUAUGAAUUAAUCCUGAAUUCGCUAAAAUUCACCUGAAAUUCGGAUAAAUUUCAUCGAAUUAAUGGAAAUUAUUCACUUUUGGACACUUUUUCGGUUCUAAUAUUUCACUUUUUCCAAGUAAAUUAGUCUGUGGCAGUCUUGCUUAAUUUGAAUCGAGAUGUGAAUUUGAUAAAAAGAUAUUCUCUGCUAGAUGCUGAUUUUCUCUAAAAACAACCACAGUGAAAGUACGUAGUGCGCUGACAAUUCUUUCAAUAACGAAAAAAGGAUCCCAGAGAUUUUUUGCAUUUGAUAAAAAUAAUAUAUAUAUUUAUAUAGCUUGUUUUGAUACUUGUGUUUUGCGAUAAGUUUCUAUCGUUAGUAGCAUCGUGACAUGAUUUUUACUUACCGGCACGAAUUAGUAUUAGUUUUAAACGAAAGUAAGGAACACAGUGGAAAAUUUGAAGAAAUUCUUUGUUAAAUAUAAAAAUAUAAUGCGAAUAACUCGGCUGAGUGUUAAGUCUAUUUUGUAUCUGUGUACGUGCUUGAAAGGGUGCGACGAAUAAAGUAAAAAAGACUUAUCGCUUGUUAUUAAGAAUUUAAUAUAACAAUAAAUUUCACAUAUGUUAAUUUAUACCUCGCUGGUUGAGUCUUGUAACGAUUUAUAUCGCAUCGCUUGCAAUGGUCUGCUAUCAUGAAACUUACCGAGUGUUUCGCCGACAAUUACACUGCCAAUAAAAUGAAAGUGAAUGCCUCUUAUAGAGUGUAAAUUCUCGCGUCAUUAAUCAGCGGUGCGAUUGUAGGUGAAGGUUCGUAUUCAACUCUACAUAAUGCCUCGCACAUUCGUUUACUUCGACAAAAAGUCGGCUGUAUAUACAAAUAGUGAAUAAUAUUAAUAUUAUACAACAAUUUCUUGAAUAAAGUCAUUUUUUACAUAA